AUAUAUAUUUCUAUACUCAACAUAUAUUGAAUGGUUGUUAGAAAAAUUAAUGGUCAGAAACAUACAAGUUAAUAGUGGUGAGAGGUAAGACCUACAUGCUAUGAAUAAUCAACGUUGCACUCAACAACCAGCUCUUCUUCAAGAUAGCCAAUCACGAAAAUGACAGCUGUCUCCGUUGAUGCCUCUUGCACGCAUCCCUAUGUCACCGAUGUCUUUGUUUUGGAUCGUGGUCAGUCCACUAACAUCCUCAUCACCUUCAAUCAGCCUCUAUGCUCUUAUUACAUGGCAGCUUCAGCACUAUUCAAACACGACCACAAGGGGCAUCAUCCAAUAUGCGGGCUCCACAUGCAAACACCACUCGUGCCGAUUCUACACGCCUUUAACGAUACGCCAACGGCCCACAAAUCCUAUACCAGCCUAACUGGGCUAGUCAAUCGGCCCCACUGGGUCCCCACCCACUCCACGUGGAUAAUCAGUGCUCGUGAUGGGGUUAUGAGCUGCGAGUAUGAACAAUGAGUCGUUCCAGUUACCGAACGCGCUGUCCCUGUUGGACGCAUCGUUUUUCAAUGUGAGCGGGAUCUACACCUCUGAUUUGCCUGAUCAACCGUCUGUCAAGUUUGACUGUACAAAACUAAACCCUAGCACUGAUCCAUUGCGGCUAUUAACUCAAAAGUCAACGAAACUGAAGAAGUUGAAGUUCAAUUCGACGGUCGAAAUUGUUUUCCAAAACACUGCAAUUUUAGGGAUUCAAAGCCAUCCUAUGCGCCUUCACGGUUUCAACUUCCAUGUACGAGCACAAGGGUGUAUGGUUCGUACACUGCCAUCUGGAAGUUCACUUGCCGUGGGGCCUGGCUGUGGUUUUCGAGGUAGAGAAUGGACCCACACCAUCUUCUACGCUGCCUCCACCGCCACCUGAUCUACCCAAGUGUCAGAUUAAGGAAGUGGCUUGUUUUCUCGAUUUUCUAUAUUAGACAUUGAAUAUGACUUUAGUAGUUUGUAUUUGAAACCUUUUUUCUUUUUGCGUUUAGCUGAUUGCAAGAAUUUAAAUUUGAAAUAAUCUUUGUUUUAAUUUGUUAAUUUUUACUGUAGAAUUUGGACCACAAAUUUGAAACAAAAUUUGGUGU